AGCCUACUUUAAAAAAAACGUUGCCCGUUGACAGUAGUUGUCCGAAUAUGGGAGGAAAGCUAAAAAUGCCUGAAUUUGAACUUGUCGAUUAUAAGGUUCUGGAGAAAAUAGGAGAGGGUUCCUUUUCCGAGGUGUAUCGCGUCAAGCACAAGCGGACGGGUUUGUACUAUGCGGCCAAAAAGCUCCUCAAAGUCUACGUUGAUUCGGCGGAAGCUUUGGAAUGUUCCGAGAUUCAGGUGAUGAAGGUUCUUGACUAUCACCCGAACGUGGUCAGCUUUGUCGAUAUCUUGCACGACGAGUUGAGCGGAAGUUUAACCCUCAUGAUGGAGCUGAUGGAUAUGAGCAUGUACGACUAUAUCAAGAAUCGCAAAAGGUGCCUCUCGGAGAAACUCGUCAAGCGUUUUCUGUUUCAGAUUGUUUCAGGUUUGAACCAUCUGCAUCGAAAUGGGAUCUUCCAUAGGGACAUCAAACCGGAGAAUAUCCUUAUCAAAAUUCCUCACAAGUUGAAGGAGAGCGAACUGGUUCAAUUGGCAGACUUUGGGUCGAUCUGCAGUGUCCACCAGAAUGCUCCCUAUUCGGCCUACAUUUCAACCCGGUGGUACCGUUCGCCAGAGUGCUUGCUAACGUCUGGCUAUUACGGACCGAAAAUGGACAUUUGGGCCGUCGGGUGUUGCUUUUAUGAAAUGCUAACUCUGAAUCCGCUAUUCCCCGGAGAACAUGAACUGGACCAGUUGCAUUUGAUCCACGAGGUCGUUGGUUCCCCGUCGUCCGCUGUACUGGCGAAAUUCAGGCAUUUGAAUGAGUUGAAUUAUGAGUUUCCGAAAAGGAAGCCCACCGGUUUCCGGAUUCUGAUUCCGUUGCUUAGCCAUUAUGGGGUGGACAUUCUGAAUCGAACUCUAGCGUACGUUCCGGAUGCAAGGAUAAGUUCCUCAAAAUUGUUGCAACACGUGUACUUUGAGGAUAUAUGCCGAAGCAAGAAAUCCUCUCGUCUUUCGUCCUCCAUGCAGUGCCUUGACGACGUCGGGGACGGUCACGGAAUAAAGGGAAGCCCUCGCCGGAAGGGCACCAAAAGUUCCAUCGGAAGCACCGAAUCGUUAAAUCGCUCGCUUCAGAGCAAAGGAAGUAGCGUUCUUGCCUCCACUGCGAAAUCAAGAAUAAACGCCACCUGUUGCGACCAGCGGCCGCCACCGGCCCAACACCGCAACCUGGCGACGGAAAUGAUCAAGCACAAGAAUCUCGAGCGUAUGUGGGGUAUGAAUCCGGGCCCCGGGAAAGCGCGACUUGGACAACAGCUUACCACCACAAUCACGAGGGCGUGACGGGACAUUUUCUUUCAGUGAGAAGCUUCUAUUUUUUUAGGAAAAUAUUUCAUAUAUUUUAUAGCGCAAGCUUAUGUUUUACACGUUUUUCCCCUGAUGCUGCAUUAAAUCGGUUUCUCGAUAACUAUCAAACUAAAGCGUCGUUUUUCCUAUACUAAAACCCAAACCUUAAGGCUACUGACUUGUCUCCACGUCUAAAAUAUCGGCAGCUAUGGAAACGUAAUAUUAAAACGAUAAAAUGCUCCAUAAAAUGCUUCUGUACUGCGAUAGCUAAGCUACUCAGAUUUACUGUUCUGCCCUGUUUUUUUUUAGUCGGGGUUGCGGAGUGCUGGGCAAGCGUCUAGAAUGAGCUUCUACCUUUAGAAGUGUUUUAAGUUAGAAUCUCCAUUUAGAAGCUUAUUCUAGACGCUUUCCCAUCGCUCCGAUCCUGACUAAAAAAAUACGGGCAAGAAGUAAAUCUGAAUAGUUACGCAGUAAAAGAGCGUUUAACCGUUUUGAUAAAUUACAAAAAUCAUUUUCUCAUAAAAUAUCUUCGUAUGAACGAAAAUAAGUUCCAUUAUUAGCUACACUCGAUUCUGUUUUAAUGCAAUUUUAAUUGGGCACAGCAUUUUUAAUAUCAUCAUAAUUGUCGCAUCUUUGCUUGAUUUUCCAUUCAAAUGGGACUAUUAUGCGUUUAUGGGUAGCAUAUUGUUCUUUGAGAUCAAAAAUAGAGACGAAUAAAAAUCGCUUUAAAACACAAUUGAGUGUACACAACAUUGAAACCAAAAUACAAAUUUAGAAAAUGUGUAAUGCUAUGUUCAGACUGACCAUGUUAUUAGACUAUCUUGAUGCGUUUUUUUUUAAUUAUAACAACUAACUAAUUAUAACUUGCUAGAACUAUAUAAUAGCAUAAAGCCGAAAAUUUGGCCAACGUACCAAAAUCUGAAUUUUCAAUUCCGGCGAGAAGUCUACUAUAUGCCGGCGAAACUAAGUGCGUUAUCAACGGCGAACAAGCAAAGGCGGCAGGUCUCCAUCAAGCGAUAUAAUUCAUGAAGGGCCUCACAACUCACGCUCUCGGUCGCUGAACAGUCACCCCUAUUCUGCGAAUCGUGUGACUCUCUGUCACUAGUGAGAUGACAAAAGUCACGUCAUGUGAGGUGACUCUCCGCGCAAGUCGGAUGAAGAGUCACGUCACACGACUCGCAGAGUAGGCUUGAGUUAUUCAGAAAAAAUAUAAGCGGAAGUGGGUCAACCAUAAACUACUAAAGGACGGAAAGAAGCAUCCAUAUUCUCGAUUACGUUUGAACCGUUUGAACCGUAUUGAAGAAACUAUUGAAAACAAAAACGAGAAUAUGGAUAAAACUGUGCAAGAAAACGCAAAGAUUGGAAUCUGCCAGGACAUCGCAGCAUCGGCAGACCCAAGGGCUUAUGGCAGCGGCACGGCAAGCGGCACGGCCGAAGAGAUCAACUCAAAAUUGAGUGGGAUUUCACUCGAAAUCGUAAAAUGUGGUGUGAGUAAAAUUUUUCUCGGUUUUCCUCAACAAUCUGAGCGGUCACAUUUUGCAACCAACAUGGCAAAUGAGAAUAACUCAAAGCGAGAGUCACAUCUACUCAACUGUAUGAUAAAUUUAUUUAAAAAAAAAACUGCAGGUACGCAGCGCUGAGCAGAAGGUGACUCCCCUCUGAUUCUCAUUGGCCAUGAAGACGAAUCGACUUUUUCAUACAAGCGUUCGGUUUGACUUCCCCAAUGAGGGCCCUGCUUGAAUAUAUGAGGAAAAUCGAGGAAUAUUUCACUCACUCAGGGAGUAACCCCACUUUUAACGAUUUUGAGUUAAAUCCGACUCAAUUCUAAGAUGAUCUCAUUGGUCGUGAGCCGCCCACUUCUUUAACAACUGGAGAUGCUCAAGAUAUAAUGUGGACCGUACACGAUUGCUUUUAUUGACAAUAAUGGUAUUGUCAAUAUUUUCAAUAUUGACGGCAAUACAUCGGUAUUGACAAUAUUUCUGUAUUCACAUCAUCAAUAUUAAUGUCAAUAAUUCCCCUUCGCGUCAAUAUAUUGAUACGUGUGGGGUUU